AUCCCAAAAACUCCAACUUUCAAACCAAACUAAACCACAUGAUUUCCCAUAAUGGAAAAAAUAGAUCAAAUAAUUUCCUCAGAAACUAUUAUCAUGUCUACACUUUCUACCUUCACUUCUCAUCAACUUUCUGAUCUAACCCUCUACUUCUCCUCCCUCCACAACCGUUAUCGCCGCCGUAUUCUCUCUCUCCUCUCAUCUCCGACCUUGUUUUCUCUCACCUUACGUUACGUUCACUCUCUCUCUCUACACAAAAAAUCCCUCCUCAUUGCCAAACACCUUUUGUCUAAACUAGCUAUUUUCAUUCAUUUCAUGCAUAAUGAUACUAUCAUGCCUCCAUCAUCAACCACCUCUAUGAAACACCGGGAUCUAGAUGCUGUUCUCCUUCUCCUCCUGCUCUGUGAAAUACGUCAACAUGAUCCUGACGCGCUGAAUCUCCCUCCAUCAAGGUGGCGCCUUGUUAUUUGUCAAUAUAUAGCAAAAGAUGCACUAAAAUUCUCUAGCAUUAGUUGUUCCAACAGAGAAAUCAUAAUGAAGUUUAUUGAGCUGCUGGCAAAGUGCAAGAACUUUAUCAAUGCCAUGACACAUACAGGUGAUAGUAUUGGAGAAAAAGAUAUGAAAGAGGUGGCGACAUCGGUGAUGAUAGUAGUGGCACUACCAUCGAUAGAAGCGAGCGACAACGGCGAAGACACCAAGGAGUGUGUGAUAUGUAAAGAAGACAUGAAAAAGGGAAGAGAUGUUUGUAAAUUGCCAUGCCAUCAUACAUUUCAUUGGAUAUGUAUAUUGCCUUGGUUGAAAAAGAGGAACACGUGUCCAUGUUGCAGGUUUCAACUACCGUCUGAUGAUGUUUUUGUUGAGAUCAGACGGUUGUGGGAGGUUGUGGCCAAGAUGAAUGAUAGUGCAAAGUUUGUUAAAGAGUUUUGUUAAUUGGGAGGUUUAUUUUCUCUAUAGUUUAAAAUAUUUUUUAUAUUAAUAUAAUCAUAGGUAGGUCAAUCAACUAAACGAUUACUAUAUGAGUUUUUUUACAAUUUUUUUACUAUCGUAGUUAUGAUUUGUUAUUAUUGCUGCAAAA